AUGGAAGUCGCCCUGAGUAUAACCAACACCUCAGGGUUUCAGGUGUCUGAGUUCAUCCUGAUGGGGCUCCCAGGCAUUCACAGUUGGCAGCACUGGCUCUCCCUGCCCCUGGCUCUGCUCUACUUUUUUGCACUCACUGCCAACAUCCUCAUCAUGAUCACCAUUCACCAUGAGCCAACCCUGCACCAGCCCAUGUACCAGUUCCUUGCUAUCCUGGCCAUAGUAGACAUUGGUCUGGCCACCACCAUCAUGCCUAAGAUUCUGGCCAUCCUUUGGUUUGAUGCCAAGGCCAUCGGCCUCCACGAGUGUUUUGCUCAAAUCUAUGCCAUCCACUCUUUCAUGUGUAUGGAGUCAGGCAUCUUCCUAUGCAUGGCAAUAGACAGGUAUGUGGCCAUUUGUUACCCCCUCCAGUAUCCCUCUAUAGUCACUGACGCUUUUGUAAUCAAAGUCACAGUGUUCAUGGUUCUUAGGAAUGGCCUCUUGACCAUCCCAGUACCUGUACUGGCUGCCCAAAGACACUACUGCUUCAGGAAUGAGAUUGACCACUGCCUGUGCUCUAACUUAGGGGUCUCCAGUCUGGCCUGUGAUGACAUAACCAUUAACAGGUUUUACCAGCUGGCCUUGGUCUGGGUUGUGGUUGGAAGUGACAUGGGUCUGGUCUUUGCUUCCUAUGCUUUGAUUAUUUAUUCGGUGUCGAGACUGAACUCUGCUGAAGCAACAUCUAAGGCCCUGAGUACCUGCAGCUCCCACCUCAUCCUGAUUCUCUUUUUUUAUACAGCUAUUAUUGUAGUAUCUGUCACACAUCUGGCAGGAAGAAGGGUUCCCCUCAUCCCUGUUCUCCUCAAUGUGCUGCAUAUUGUCAUGCCCCCUGCCCUUAACCCCAUGGUAUAUGCUCUUAGGACCCAGGAUCUGAGAGCAGGCUUCCAGAGAGUGUUUAGCUUGAGUAAAUAUGUGCCCAGGAAAUAA